GUCAACUACCAUAACAGCCGACAAAAACUACUGCUACUAGUUAUUUGUAUGGAUAAAAGUUAUGAACACUUACUGUCAAUGUAUUGCAUUACAUGUGGAAAUUAUAAUGAAAAAAUAAAUAAAUUUGCAGUGAAGCAUUACACCUGAGGCUGAGCUGACAGUGACAGUGUGUAUAACUUUCAUUCUGUUAUUAUUCUAUAACCUUAGAACUAAGAAUGUCAGAUAUUGUGAUGCCAAGUGAUGAGAUGAUGAGACACACUUCAAUGUCAAUGUCUAGUGUGUCAUGGUUUGAGUUUCUGUUGGAUGAGCAUAAACUGGAUAAUCAUUUGCAACAACAAAACCCAGAUCCCUCACCUUGUCAGUUGAUUAUCCAGUUUUUACAGCAAGCAGAGGCUCAUUUAGCAGCCAGCACUGCCCUGGUCAGGGAAAUACCAACUACACCUAAUGGUCAGAAUGAUUCCAGGUCUGAAGAUGGAAAUAUGCAUGACAAAUUAAUUGUAAAAGAAAGCAAAAAAGUGAUAGCACUGAAGUUACUGGCAUUGAAAGUAGCAGCCCACUUAAACUGGAAUCUCAAUAUUCUUCUCAAAAAUAUACCAGUAGCAUUACUACAGAUCCUUCUGAAUGAGCUGAUGAGGUUAACAGUUGAUGGAGACAUUGAAGAGAUCAAGUCCACUGUAUCAGAUUAUAACAGUAUCAGUGAAGAAACUCUCUUCUCAUUACAACUUUAUCAUAGAUGGACAUUACUAGCAGUUGUAAGAGACAGCUUUCCUAGGAGACCAAUCAAAUCAUUUGUUCAAGUUCAAGGCCAGGUAGACCCUGCUAUAGCAUACCAUGCUUUGAAUGAAAUCAUAAUGAGAAAUCUCAGAGAGUCUACUGCAGUCUCAAUAGAGAAUUUAGAGAAGUGUAUACAAUGUGGGCGUGUCCUAAAAUUGCCUGUCUCCAAAUGUUUUCCCGUACUAAGUGAUAACACUGAGGAUUUUAGUUUGAUAUGGGAUAACUGUGCAACAGUAACUCCACAAGAAUAUCACUGUCAGUUAUACUAUGAUUUAGGAACAUUUUUCUUCUACCAGGAGGCUUAUACACAAGCAUACACAAUGUUUAAACACACUUCAGAUCUUAUAAUACAGGUAGAUGAUCCAGUGUUUAUCAAUGUAGAUAAUGCCAGGUUAAAAGGAUAUCAUCAUGGUUGCCAGAGUUUACAGGGUGUUACUCAACAAGAACCUCCUGAAAAAGUUACAUUGUAUGAAAAAUCAGAGGCUUGUCGGAGAAAUGGUUUCAAGGGUAUAGUUGAUGUAUUAAUAGAAGACAACUUACGACAGGAACUAACUAUGAUAUACAGAAGUGAAUUAGAAGAUGAAAUAGGAACAAAAGGAGAUAGUUUAAGUGAGGUAUAUGUACAAGUCAGUAUAUGUAAUGUAGUGAGAGGUGUGAUGGAGGGCAAAGCUUUAGUUUCCCUGUUAGCAGAUGUUAUAGAAGAUGCUGAUCCACAAACUAUAGAAUUCCUCAUCUUAGUUUUAGGGAGAGCAUUACAUGGUGCCUCUUUUAGCCAGAAAUCAAAUCUGAAAUGUUUUGUGUGGCAUUUAAUGGACCUUUCUGCUGCAGCAUCACAUUUUAAUCAUGCCAUAAUGAAUGGAGAUUUUAAGAAACAUUUUAAUGAACAGGAGAUAAUGGAAAUGAGUGUUUAUAUCAGGGAACCAGAAUUAAGUUAUGCGGACUCUUUUGAUGAUGCUACCCUUACAUGUAGUAGUUUUCCUUCCAGUAGAGAUUCCUCUGUAUCAUUAAGUAACCCUGAACAACAGUUGAUGUACUCGUAUGACCCUGACAUAAUACGCCAUGUCGUAUCAGAUCUCUGUACCAAACUUGGCAGGUCUCCAGCCUAUGUUAUGUCACUUAAUGAAAAGUGGAAGGUUCCAAGAGAAAUGCACCAAGUCAUAUAUAAUUUGACAUCUAGUCCUGAUCAAGCCUAUAUUUACCUCCUGGUGGGAAAAGCUUGCCAUUUGAUGGAUGUUAGGAUAUAUGAAAGAGCUAGACAGUUGCUGAUGGUGGCUGACCGUGUUGUAGCAGAGUUAUCCUACACAUUAUCUAAACACAUACGAUGGUAUACACUGCUAGCUGAUCUACAACAAUACAACAUGAAUGAGUCACUUGGAGAAAAUUCAACAUUACAAGAUCUCAUCAAGAAAACUAAAACUUGUAUAACUUCUGUUAGAUUAGGACAAGAUAUCCAACCUAGUCAUAAUAUAAUACAGCACUGUGCUGCUUUCCUGAUGAACAUUAGAGAUAUAGGAUACCUCAGUAAUAUGGACCAAAGUGGAAGUGGACAUAUAGAGUUUUGUAGACAAGUAGCCUGUAUGUUGAAAGAAUUACCAUCUGUUAAAUCUGUUCGGAAGCUAUCCAGAGAAAUAUGGGACACAGUGAGAAAUAUUUACACAAUAGGAAGUCAGAGGAUAAGUAGUAGUGGUCGUCACAGUGCAAUACACAGAGAUCCAACCAUAGCUAUAAUGGCUGUGGAAGCUUUUCAAACAUUCCUCACAAAGUUCAAGGAUCCUUCCUGUAUUUCUGUAUUAAUUUCCUGCUUCACCAAGUACUAUAAUCUACUCAGGGACGACAUUUCUUGUGAAAUCUACAGUGAAUAUGUACAGUUUUGGCCCACUGUUGUCAACAAUCCCAAUACAUUAAAUGUCCGAGCCAUAGAAGAGAGUCUUUCCAUUUUGAUGCAGCAUGCACUAGUUACCAACCCUUCACAGCCAUCAUGGCUUAGAACACAGGCAGAUAUUCACUUUGCAAAUAAUCAAUAUUCCCCGGCCAUGAAGUUUUAUAUGGAGUCUGGAGUUGUAGCAUCAGAUUUCUUUUCAAUAGCUGUACCUAAAAGUUUAUAUGAUGAUCAGGUAUACAAAAGAAUGAUCAAGUGUUGUUUGUAUCUACAGUGCCAUACACAGGUAGCAGUAUUAUGUCAGUUUACAGAUGAAGUCGAUUAUACUACAGCCUUUAAGGCUUUACAGGAAAGGAACUCAUACGAUGCCAUGGACUCAUAUUAUUCCUGUAUUUGGGAUAUCAGUAUAUUAGAGUUUCUAGUCCAUUUACAUACAAGAAGAGGAGAAAUGGACAAAAGGCAGACAGCUAUGAAAGCAUUGAGCCAGUUAGACCUGAACAGCAAUAAUCCUGAUGACAUUAUACAGAGAGCAUUACAGAUUAGAAAACGGAAAUUCUUAAGGGCACUUGCAAAACAGUACCUGUGAUUCCAUUCACACAAUAAAUCUAUCAUAUGAGUGCUUGUUAAAAAAGGAAAAGUGCUAAUUUAAAAGUGUUAAAACUGAUUAAGUUUGGUUAUUUUAACUAACAAAAUAUGUCAAUAUUUUUACUGUGCCCAUCAAUGAGGCUUAUGCUCUGUCACAAUUCAGUGAGCUAAUACACUUAUUUUAGUGGGUUUAAAUUCAUGUCUUCAAACUGGCUAAAGAAAAUCCUCUUGGAUAAAAGCUGUCAGAAGAUCAAGUAGAAGAAUAAAACAUUCAUUAGUUGUCAUAAUUAGAAGCACAUUCUUCUGCACAGCAGUAACAUGGUCAGGAUCAAUUCACAACAUAUAUGCAUUAAGUUAUUACAUUUGAAAUGUGCAAUUUGAUUUGAAUUUCUGUAACCAUGUUUUGUGCUAUGAAGUAUUACCUAUGUAAUAUGUGAUCACAUUGAUCGGUUUUGUAUUUUUGUUUGAAUGAAGCCAACAGAAUGAUAAUUUCAUUGUCUCAUAUCAUAUCAUUUAUCAGUAGUGUAAUUGAAAAAAAUAAAUGUAUUUUUUUACUUCCAAUAUGUUAGCACUAUGUUUGUUUCUUACCUUUUGAAAGUAGAUUGUUUUUAAGAAGUAUCAGUAGUGGUUAGAGGUUUUGUUGUUUUCUAUACAAACAAGUGGUAUUU